GCAAGCAUUGUGAUUUCUGUAUCAGUGUGGGAGGGUGUCUCGAGCAUACUUGUGCAUGGAAUACAUUCGUGAUGAAGAUCUAAGCACAUCCUACAGUUCACGCAUUCGAAGACACCAUAGCAUCAUGAUUGCUCGUCGGCAUUGUGUCCAAUGUUUGACGUUUACAGCUCGCGCAUGUGAGCGCGUAGCUCUGCUGGGAUGUUGCGCCAUAUCUGGCGAGCGUCGGCCUUUCGAUCGCCAAGUGUUUCUUGCUGUUGUGCGCGCUCUUCGUCUCCGAUGUCGUCCUCUCCAUCCACACCACUCCUCGCUACUUUCGUCGUCUUCAUCCUCAUCCUCGUCCUCAUCCUCGUCCCGGGCACCUUCAGCAUCCCCUGCACGGGUCUUCAUAUGCGCGGCCACCUUCCUUGCGCAUAUCGCUUUCCGCAUCUUGGGUCCUGGGACCAGCGCGGUCAGGACACGGGACUCGGUUGUUGUCGGGCUCCGUGCGCGAGAGUCUCAGCUCCUUUGCCUGUACGGUACCAUCUUCAUCAUCACCAUUCGCGCCGUCGUAGUCUUCUCGAACACGCUUCCGAGCUUGAUGCGCUGCAAGCCGUGCUUGAAACUCGGCAUUCUUGCGCCGGACGCGGAGCAGCUCUUGUUGCUGCGCCAUCAGCAGCUCACGGAGCUGCUGAUGUUCUGCUUGUCACUGGUUUUCACUCUCCGAGUCCUGUCGUUGCACCCCGCCCUCGAGCCUCACUCUCCCGCCGUUGCACCGCCCGCCCUCGGGCUUCACUCUCUCGCUGCCCUGGGAGGCGAAUCAUUGAAAUGCAGCGUCGGCGAUCGUCGCGGAACCGGUCGCCCAGAGCUAGUACCAGGCCUGCGAGGCGAGAACGAACAAGAGUUGCCGCAGCGAGAAAAAGCACGAGCUUGCAGUGGUGCCAUUUGCGCAGCCCGAGGCUCUUGUGAGUUGCCAGUGGGCUGAAACUUGCCGGCAUCUUGUUUCUUUUCCCCCCUUGCCAUUCGUCUUCGCUGCUGUUGCCUUGGGUAGCUUCGUCGCCUCGGUCGGCUUCUUGUGCGUGCGGCUGGUCAUUCUAGUACAGAGGUCUCAGUCCCAAGAGGUCCCGGUUGGAUCAGGAAGCUGCCGACUCCCAAGACGGCUCAAGAGUGUGUCAGAAUCAGAGGCUGCGAGUCCGUCGGAGUCGACGUACGCGCAGAGUU